AAAGCAUCCGAAAUAAAUAUGGCCGCACAUUCAAAAGAGUCUCUCCAGAAAAUACUCUCGUCUCCUCCCUUCGUGGUCGUUGACGGCGUCAUCAACAUCCGUGAUAUUGGCGGUUGUGCAACCUCUACUACUCCUGGUCAUGUUGUCAAAUCAGGACUUAUAUUCCGUUCAGGUGAACCAUCUAGAAUCACAGAAGAAGGAAAGAAUCAGCUGCGAGCUCUAGGGAUUCACAAGAUAUAUGAUAUGCGCUCGGACCACGAGAUCAAAAACUACAAAGCAGCUUCUCUCGAUAUUGAAGGCAUUGAGUGUAUUAGAGUCCCGAUCGUACCUAAGGAAUUGAAUGAUCCAGUUUUACUAGUACAAGGACUCCAGUCAUAUGCUACCGACGAGUUGAAGACAUUCCUUUCUUCUUAUGACGAAGGUCUCGAGAAAGGGUGCUCCGCAUUUGAGCAGAUUGUAAUACACCUGCGAGAUGAGCCUGCCAAGGCUUGUCUAUUCCACUGCACAGCUGGGAAGGAUCGAACAGGAGUUCUUGCUGCUCUCAUUCUCAUGAUUCUAGGGGUCAGCGAUGAAGAUAUAUCUACUGACUAUUCUUUGACUACCACCGGUCUCGAACCUGCUCUUCCCAUGCUGGCAGCUCGGUUCGAGAAUUUACCCAUUUUUCGUGAUAAUUGGCAGGGUACACUGAACAUGGGGAGUUCCAGAUAUGAGACGAUGAUGGCGUUUGUUGAUCUGGUUCGCAAGAAGUAUGGCAGCGCCGAGGGAUACUUCAAGAGAUAUACAACUUUAGUAGAUGAAGAUUUUGAAACGCUCCGUCGCAACCUUAUCGUACCCAAGGCAGACUAAAUAGUACCACCAUCUUUCAUCAGAAGGGGUAGCAGCAAGUUGCUAUCUGACUGUGGAACUACAUGAGUAUUUUGGGAUUGAUUUAUUCGAAGGCGAUAAAUUUUGUUCGGUUCGCUGCAUAUACGUAAAUACCUCAUCUUUCUUUAUUU